AUGGCGAUCCUCAAAAACGAUAUCCUCCCAGCAGGUGUAUACAAUACGCUUCCCUACAUCAACGAUGUCACUCAGAUUCCGCAUGACAAUGCAGCCGAUAUAAGUGAUCUUAAACAGCUGCUUGUCAAAUAUAAGCUUCCGGACAAUGUACGCAUCAGGCUUGUUCAUAUACACUUCAAACUCGAAGAAGGAGAAGUGUUCGCCGCACGAGAUGUGAAGAUUCCAAAGCAUGGUACUGUCAACAUUAUGCAGGCAAUUCCCGUGUCUCAGAAUGCUUCACUUUACGGAUAUCACUUCUAUGUCGAUAAAGAGGGCAAUCUUUCAGCCUACGAGUAUAUGGAAGCUCCCGGGCCAGACAUCUCAGAACAACGAGCUUUCCUCGAGGAGUUCUGCCAGCUUGUCCAGGAUCGUGGUCUCCAGCAUAAGUUGGGCUUAUCAAUCAGACAUGCGGAGAAUGACGAAGUUCCACUUCCUUACAACGAGCGCAGCUUUGAGACAAUGACCGAAUUUCUCCGGGAUCUGCCGGUUGUAGACAGCGAAAAAUUCGAGGCUGCCGGCGAUUUGGAAGGGAUUAAACAGAUCACUAAAUCCCACACGCACCACAAGCACUGCGGGCAUACUGAUUCACAGCACAACGACAACAGGGAUGGGUUGUCUGAUGGUGCGAGCGCCUCCGAUCAAGAUGUGUCGGACUAUGGAGGCAAGGAUGGUUUAUUUGUGACUGAUGGACUAUCGCGCGAGAUCAUUUUGGGUGGAAGUAAGCUUGAGAACUCCUCAGAGCUUUUCGAAAUCGUCUCGUGGUUCGCCGACGAGGCAUAG